AUGGUUAGAAAGAGAAAAGGAAGUGAUCAAGAGGAAGAAGAGAGAGAAAGCAGUAAUGAAAUCUCAGUUGGAAAUUGGAACAAUGAGGCAACUUCAGCAACAGCAGCAGCAGCAUCAGCUGUUGCUCUGAAUGGAGUUGGGAGGGCACGAAAGCGAUACGUCGGUGUGCGGCAGCGGCCGUCCGGGAGAUGGGUGGCUGAGAUCAAAGACACCAUACAGAAGAUAAGAGUGUGGCUGGGGACUUAUGACACAGCUGAGGAGGCUGCAAGAGCUUAUGAUGAAGCCGCUUGUUUGCUCCGAGGAGCUAAUACUCGCACCAACUUCUGGCCUUCCUCUCCUUUUCAUGCAAAGCCAGCACUUCCCUCAAGAAUAGUCAAUCUUCUCCUUCUUAGGCUUAAAGCUAGGAAUUUGAAUAAUAAUAAUAAUCAUAACUACGGUAAUAACAAUAACAAUGCGUGUGGCUCAAUGGCGUUCAAUUUUCCCUGUAUCCAACAGGAGCAAGCUGUGGAAGAUCAUAGGGAAGAUACCCUGUUUGGUAAUUUGUUCAAUGAGCAAGAGUUUUGUAGGAUGAAAGAAGAAAGUGAUAUUUUGAGUAACAACAUUAGUGAUAUAACUACAGCUGAUUACAUGGCUGAGAAUUUUGAAUGGAGUCUUGUUGGGACUGAUGAGAGUAGUACUAAUAAUGGUGCUAGAUUUGAUGGGGAAAAUCAAUGUGAGGAAGAGAAUAAAGAAGAGUUUGAUCAAAUAGGGGGUGUGGAUCUUCGGUUUGUAGACUCGUUGCAGUCAUUUUCUGGCUACUGCUGCCCUUUCGAGAUUGCGGAAGAGAUGGUUAAGCCAAUGGAGACGGAGAAGUAUGAGGAUGAAGAAACUAUUAUUGGAGAGGCCAUGAAGAGAAUGAAGUAUGAAAGAAAGUUCUCAGCUUCUCUCUAUGCAUUCAAUGGAGUAUCCGAAUGUUUGAGGCUGAAACUUGAUUCAAAGACUGAAAGAGUAGGAGAAUCAAGGCAGGGAGAGUUAUUCAAACUAAAAAAUGAGUCUAAGGAUAAGAACAGCCAAUGUUAUACGGAAGAAACUAUUCAGGAGAGGGUGCAAGAGGAGACUGGGAUAAAUCUUCAAUCACCAACAGAAAUAGGGUCACUUUCUUUUUCUUACUCUUCUUCCUCUUCAUCGUCUGUGAGCCCAGAAAGUGAGGAACUUCUAUGGAGCCCGCUGGAAUUUCCGCCAUGCUAUUUUUUAUUUGAAGCAGAUAUGAAGAUCAUGACAUAA